AUGGCGGCCCGUCCCUCUACCCCUGCGUCGCCGAAGAAUGUCAAGAUCAGGUCUCCGACGCCAGGCACACCGGUCUUUGGCUGUGAACAUGUGCAGCGCCUCCUCAGCCAGACCCAGGAAGUGACCAACACGAGCGUUGCGCACUACAAGAUGAUCCUACGAGGCAUAUUCGACAGCAUUCCAAUUGUCCCCCAGACUUCCAAGAGCUCCGACGGCAAUGCCAUCACCACCCUCACAUCCAAUUACCUGUGCCUACAAUGCCCGUCUACAGUCACCGAGGAGGAACGUCUAAAGCAUGGAAAUAAGAAGAUGCACAGAUUUUAUGUCGACUCUCGGAGCGGUGCUCUUUACUGCCAGAUGUGUGAUGAUUUCGUUUGGGACCCAACGCUCGAAGAUCUUCGAGUGCGGAAGAUUGGAACCGGAUCAUUCUCAAGCCGCAAGAGGAAGCAUGAUGAACUUUUCGCAGAUACUGUAAAAGAGGACCCGCGCUACAUUUCUUCCAACACCACAACAGCAUCGUGCCGGGCGAAUGGCCUGCGCGGCAUCUACAAUGCCGGUGCCACAUGCUAUCAGAACGUCGUCCUGCAGAGUUUCCUGCACAACCCCUUAUUACGCAACUUCUACCUUAGUGAUGGUCACCAGAGCUCUGACUGUAAAGAGGAGCAGUGCCUCAGCUGUGCGAUGGACGACAUGUUUCAAGACUUCUACGCUGCAGAGAACACAAACGGCUAUACAGCUGCAAAUAUCCUUUCCGGAUUCUGGGUGUCUGAGAAGAAAGCUUUCGAGAACCUGGUGACGACAAAGGAGCAAGAUGCACAUGAGUUCUUCCAGUUCUUGGCGGAAGAGCUUCACGAAAAGAACGGGGAUGGAAAGAAGCCGGAGACCGGCAGUGAGCACAGCUGCAACUGCAUCAUUCAUCAGACCUUCUACGGCAAGCUACAGACUACAACUACGUGCCAGCACUGCAAUGGUGUGACCAACCAGGUCCAGUCCUUCUUGGACCUCAGUCUUGGAUUGGAAAAUCUGGCACAAAAGCGUGGCAAGAAGGGCGGCAAGAUUCCUGGACUAACCUUGCAGGAAUGUCUUGACGAGGAAUAUAUCAAGUCAGACAAGUGCGAAUAUCGGUGCCACAACUGCAACUCUCCACAGCAAGCACGUCGACACACCACCAUCAAGCGCCUCCCGAAUGUACUCUCAAUUCAGCUCAAGCGGUUCGAAUUCAAGCAAGGCCGGCGCGAUGCUGCCGCAAAAAUUGACACACCCGUGCAUUUCCCCCUUCAACUCAAUAUGCUCCCGUAUACGAAUCGUUCUAGAGGCCACGAUGCGAAGGAGAACAUUGAGCUGGCGAGGUCCUGCACGUAUGAUCUCCUCAGUGUUGUGGUGCAUGUAGGAGAGAUCGACACCGGCCAUUACGUUUCGUAUUGUAGAGUUGGCGACCAGUGGUUCGCGUUCAACGACCAUCGAGUCGAGCUGGCAUCAAAGUCUGAUGUGCUGGGAGCGCGGGCGUAUCUUCUCUUCUACAUCAUCCGGUCACUGGCAUAG